UUGUUUAUAAGCUAGUAAAUAGUAAAUACAGUAAUCACUAAUAAAUACUAUAAUAUACAAUUCAUAGUUCAUAGUUCAAACUAUCAUAGUUGAUAGCAGAUAGGUAUAUGUAAGUGAUUGACAAUUGUGUGAACAAAAAAUGUUUGAUCAAUAUCGUUUGUUAGUACCUAUACUUAUAUAUGUGGCUUAUUUACGCGCACUGAAAAUGGACGCUGUAACUCAAAAGGCAAUGACAAAAAAGUCAAACUUGAAAUCAGGAACUAAAGUUUCAAGAGGAUCUAAACAAUGGCCACCAGCAAAAACAGUAAAUUCAAAACGCAAGCAAUUAUCUGAACUUAAUUCAACCAAGUUAAUGUCAAAAGUGAAACCUAUCAUCCCUCCGAACUUUGUAGAUAAUUUAUUUAAGCAAACAAGAUUUACAAAGAAAGAAAUCGUUGGAUUAUGCAAGCUAUUCAAAAAACUUGUCGCUAUUUAUGGCGCUGAAUCAACAUCUUCGGUAGCAGCAAUGAGUUCGGUUGCUUUAAUAACGAUUCCAACGCAGGGUUUUGACAGGUUAAUGUUCAGAGAAUUCCUGCAAAACGAAUUCGGAAUUACAACCGAGGAGAUCUUAACAGAUCGCAUAUUUUGUUUUUUUGAUCAACGAAAUGACGGUGUCAUACACGAAGAUGAAUGGAUAACUGGGUUGUCGGUGUUGCUAAAAGGCACUCAAGACGAACGAAUUAAAUAUACGUUCACAAUAUAUGACCUAAAUAAUGAUGGAUUUAUAACGAAAGAAGAGAUAUUCAGUUUAUUAAGGAACUGUUUGGUCAAACAUCCGCAGGACGAGGAUCCAGAUGAAGGUGUAAGAGAACUUGUCGACAUUGUACUGCGCAAAAUGGAUUGUGACAAUGAUACAAAACUUUCGUUUGAAGAUUUUUCUACGUCGGUCAUCAAACAAUCAUUACUGCUUGAAGCUUUUGGACAAUGUUUACCUUCUAGAGAAAUUUCAGAGAACUUUUUAAACUCAAUUAACAGUGUGCAGUAAAUAUUAAUUGAUAAUUGAUAUGACUUUAAUAAGUAACCAGCAGAACAAUGGAAUUAUUUAGAAAUCUCGUUCCAUACAUUAUUAUUAUGAGAUAUUUUAUUUAAAAUUUAUAUUAUAAUCAAAAUAAUUUUAUUAGUUAUUACUUAUUAAAUAACGUAGACUAAGUUACAUGAAAUUAUCAAAAUCUAUACUAGACGAUAAAAAUGCAUUAAAUAAGAAGUGCAACAUACUAACAUACAUCUUUUUUUUCAAGUGAUCAAAGGAUGUUAAAUACAUUUUUAGUCUCAAGAAAUACAUUUUCUUAGGAAAAGCUUUACAUAAAAAUCUAAAUUAUUAUAAUCCUUUAAUCUUUAUACAUAUAAUUUAUUUAAAUACAUACUCAUUUAAAAUGUAUUUUAUCUGUACUCACAAUUUAAAUAUGCAUAACAAAAAUAUACACAUAUAAAAUAUAAAUGAAAUCAACUAUAACAAAAUAGGUCCUAUGUUUUAUAUAAAAUAAUGUAUAUAUAUUUGGGUUAUGUUAAAUAAAUCUAGUGAAAUUUAAAAAAUGAUUUAUUAUAUUUUUAUUGAUUUUAUAUUUUAAAUCACUUAGAUCAUUAUUUUUUAUUGCAUGAUAUAAAAUCAAUUAAUCUUAUUACUACCAAAGUAAAAUAUAAGCUAAAUAUAUUGACUCAACUUAAAUAAAAAGUAUAUAAAUUAUAUUGUUCACUAUUAUUGCUAAUUUCAGAAUACAACAGAUUCUGUAUCAAUAUUAUAGAUAAUUAUGGAAUAGUACAAUAAUAAUAUAAAUUAUUUUCUUUACUAAAUGAAGAUUUACUUAAAAAUAAUUAAUAUAAUAUGGAUAAGCUAUUACAUACAGUUGUGUAUUCUUGGUUAGAAAAAUAUGUUACAAAUUACUAAUUUCUCAACACAAUAAAAUUUACAUUGUUAUUAAAAAAUUGUAUUCGUAUUAUGUAUGAAUAUGAAAUAAAUUAUCUACAUGAAGAAAAUUUCCAGUUAAAAUUAUUUAAAUUUGGUAUUUUUGUUUAUUUUUAGCCU